CGUGCGACCCGCUGCUGUUUGGCGGUUUCCAUGGCUACGAAGCCCCUCAGCCUGAAACCCCAGAGCGAGAAAAUGAGGCUGAAGAGCUUCCUGCUGCGGUAUUACCCGCCAGGAAUUAUGUUGGAGUAUGAAAAACAUGGAGAAUUAAAGACCAAAUCAAUUGAUUUACUUGAGCUUGGCCCCAGUACUGAUGUCGGUGCUUUAGUAGAGGAGAUCCAGAGAGCAGAGCCUCUGAUCACAGCGUCGCGAACUGAGCAAGUCAGGCUGUUAGUUCAGAGACUGCAGGCAAAGCUGGAGGAGAACAGCAGCCACGUCUUCUACCUCUUCAAGGUUCUCAGAGCACAUAUAUUUCCGUUGACUAAUGUUGCCCUUAACAAAUCAGGCUCAUGUUUUAUCACAGGGAGCUACGAUCGCACCUGCAAGGUCUGGGACACCAGGUCCGGAGAGGAGCUGCACACCCUGGAGGGUCACAGGAAUGUGGUCUACGCUAUAGCAUUCAACAAUCCUUAUGGUGACAAAAUCGCCACUGGAUCCUUUGAUAAGACUUGUAAACUAUGGAGUGCAGAAACAGGAAAGUGUUACCAUACCUUUAGGGGACAUACAGCAGAAAUAGUCUGUUUGUCAUUUAACCCACAAAGCACAUUGGUGGCUACCGGAAGUAUGGACACCACGGCCAAGCUGUGGGACAUUCAGAGCGGAGAGGAGGUGUUCACCCUCACGGGACAUUUGGCAGAAAUCAUUUCCUUGUCAUUUGACACCACCGGAAACAGAAUUAUUACGGGGUCCUUUGAUCACACAGUCAUAGUGUGGGACACUUCCACUGCGAGGAAGGUGCACACCCUGAUCGGUCACUGUGCUGAGAUAAGCAGUGCUGUAUUCAACUGGGAUUGCUCUCUUAUACUAACUGGCUCCAUGGACAAGACCUGCAUGCUGUGGGAUGCUACAAAUGGAAAAUGUGUAUCAACCUUAACAGGCCAUGAUGACGAAAUACUUGACAGUUGCUUUGAUUAUACUGGAAGGCUUUUUGCAACUGCUUCAGCUGAUGGAACGGCGAGAGUUUACCAUACAGCCACAAGAAAGUUCAUCACCAAACUGGAAGGUCAUGAAGGAGAAAUUUCAAAGAUUUCUUUCAAUCCCCAAGGGAACCGCCUUCUGACUGGCAGCUCUGACAAAACAGCUCGAAUCUGGGAUGCUAACUCUGGCCAGUGUCUCCAGGUUCUAGAGGGGCACAGGGAUGAGAUCUUUUCAUGUGCUUUCAACUAUAAAGGCAACAUAGUCAUUACAGGUAGCAAGGAUAAUACCUGUAGGAUAUGGUGCUGAGCAGAAGUCGGCCGGUGAACAAACUCGCCAGCAAUUGUGACCAAGACCUUGAGCUUCCCACACGACAAGCAAGCUAUGUUCACAUUUCAUAAGCCUUUUUAUACAAGCACUGUGUUCCUGACUUCACAUAUUUGACCAAUAAAACUGAUGAUCUUGAUAUUAUUUCAUGAGGAUGAUUUCAUAAUAUUUAGUGAAUGCCACUAGUUAUUCCUGU